CAAAGAAGCAACAAGGUGAACUACGUUUACAACAAUUGCUUCAGGCUGGUACUGGUAUCAAAAUUGAAGGGUUUGAAAAUAAACAAGCUGGUGAACAACCAAAAAAACCUAAUUAUUCCAUUAAACCUAAAAAUGAACAAGUUAUAAAAGAACAAUGGGAUUUAAGCUCAGAAGAUGAAGAGAAGGAAGGUAUGGAAGAUAAAGUUCAGGAAAAAGGUGCGAAAGGUAAAAAGACGGAAGUGGGGACGAAAGGUAAAGAGAAGGAAGAUGGUGCGAAAAGUAAAGAGAAAGUUGUAUCUUCUAAAAAAGACUCUGAAGAAGAAACUGAAAGCAGCGAGGAAGAAUCUGAUAGUGAAGAUGAAGAAAUGACAGAACAUCAGAAACAAAUUGCAAUUCGUAAACAAGAGGCGGCUGAGCGAAGACCAUCAGAUCACAGAAAUCAACCAUCCUUAGUGAACGAAAUAAGACCAUCGGAUCCAUCAUCUUUAAUGGAAGAAGGAAGACAAUCAGGUCACAGAAAUCAAUCAUCCUUAGUGAGCGAAAGAAGGUCAUCAGACUACAAAAAUCGAAGAAUACCAUUAUAUUCACCUUCUUUAGUGGAAAAAAGAAGUCGUUUUUACCACAGAAAUCCAAAAGAUCUUCCUUUGUUCACUAAAGAUAAAGUGAACAUAAGAAGAGAUCGAUCAUCUUUAGUGAACAAAAAACAUUUUUACCACAGAGAUCAAUUAUCAUUGGCAAAAGAAAGAAGACAUUUGUACCGUAGAGAGCAAUCAACUUUAGUUAAAGAAAGAAGACAUUUUGGAGGUCGAUCAUCUUUAGUGAAAGAAGGAAGUCACUUUUACCACGGAGAUCGACCAUCUUUAAUGAACAAAAGAAAACGUUCUGAAGAUCAAUCAUCUUCAGCAAACAAAAGAAUACAUUUAGACCAUGGUCGUUAUUUUUCAUCUAAAACAUUUAUAGAAUUGGUAUACGAAUUUGCAGCAAAAACACACGUUAUGAAACCUAGAUAUCAAAUUUUCGAAAUAAAAGAUACAGAUAACUUAGGAGUCUGA